CGGGCGGGCCGGCGGGCCAGCAGGAGCGCGGAGAGAAAGGGCGCGAGCGGCCGAGAGGGCUCAGGCCGGACACCUUGCUGCUGCUGCCGCCGCCGCCGCCGCCGAGCCGCCGCUGUGCUUACUGACCCGCUUCCAGGGCCACCGCCAUGUCGAGCCGUGGUGGGAAGAAGAAAUCCACCAAGACCUCCCGGUCAGCCAAGGCAGGAGUCAUCUUUCCUGUGGGACGGAUGCUGCGGUACAUCAAGAAGGGCCAUCCCAAGUACAGGAUUGGAGUAGGGGCACCGGUGUACAUGGCUGCUGUCCUGGAAUACCUGACAGCGGAGAUACUGGAACUGGCUGGCAACGCAGCAAGAGACAACAAGAAGGGACGGGUCACGCCCCGGCACAUCCUGCUGGCUGUGGCCAAUGAUGAAGAGCUCAAUCAGCUGCUAAAAGGAGUCACCAUAGCCAGUGGGGGUGUGUUACCAAACAUCCACCCUGAGUUGCUAGCAAAGAAGCGAGGAUCCAAAGGAAAGUUGGAAGCCAUCAUCACACCACCCCCAGCCAAAAAGGCCAAGUCUCCAUCUCAGAAGAAGCCUGUGUCUAAGAAAGCAGGAGGAAAGAAAGGGGCCCGGAAAUCCAAGAAACAGGGAGAAGUCAGCAAGGCAGCCAGUGCAGACAGCACGACUGAAGGCACACCCGCUGAUGGCUUCACAGUCCUCUCCACCAAGAGCCUUUUCCUCGGCCAGAAGUUGCAAGUUGUACAGGCUGACAUUGCCUCGAUCGACAGUGAUGCUGUCGUUCACCCGACAAACACUGACUUCUACAUCGGUGGUGAAGUAGGGAACACGCUGGAAAAGAAGGGCGGCAAGGAUUUUGUGGAAGCUGUUCUGGAACUCCGGAAAAAGAACGGGCCCUUGGAAGUAGCUGGAGCUGCAGUCAGUGCAGGCCAUGGUCUGCCUGCCAAGUUUGUGAUCCACUGUAAUAGCCCAGUCUGGGGUGCAGACAAGUGUGAAGAACUUCUGGAAAAGACGGUGAAAAACUGCCUGGCUCUAGCCGAUGAUAAGAAGCUGAAAUCCAUUGCGUUUCCAUCCAUUGGCAGUGGCAGGAACGGGUUCCCGAAGCAGACAGCGGCCCAGCUGAUUCUGAAGGCCAUCUCCAGUUACUUCGUGUCCACCAUGUCCUCCUCCAUCAAAACCGUGUACUUCGUGCUUUUCGACAGUGAGAGUAUAGGCAUCUACGUGCAGGAAAUGGCCAAGCUGGACGCCAACUAGGCCGCGGUGCUCCAGAGCCAGCCCACACCGUGUCCCCACCUCUAGCUCAAAAGAAAAAACCCUCUCGCUCUUACUGCGAGGCGGGGCCCUUUCAUUUUCAAGUUUGCUCAUCUAGGGAAAAUAAGGUUUUGGUUUCCAGUUUAAUUGUUUUUGACCUUCUAAAAUGUUUUUAUGUUAGCACUGAUAGUUGGCAUUACUGUUGUUAAGCACUGUGUUCCAGACCGUGUCUGACUUAGUGUAACCUAGGAGAUUUUAUAGUUUUAUUUUAAUGAAAUCCUGAUUGACACAGAGCAGUGGGGAGAACAGUCCCUUUAACAUGUCACAGAAGCCAGGAAGCCCUGUUUGUAACUGUGUUGUGGUGCUUUAUUGUACACCCAGUGGCGUUCUUUUUACUAUAAUUUUUUUCUCAGAAGAAAAAUCAUGAAUUUGCAGCAGACCUAAUUUUUGUUUACUUUUUGUCUUAAUGAUGGAUUUGAAAAUGAAAAAUUUUAAAAGCAGAACAGAACCUGUUGUCCUUAAUUAUAUUUGCAAUUUGGAAAUUGUGUGAAUUGAUUUAGUAAAAUGUUAAACUGUUGUCGAGACUAGCAUGUUUCAAGUUCUUGAGUCCUAGGUCUACCUCCCUUGUCACAGGACAUGAGGAGCAGGUAGCCCGUGCCCAGGGGACUCCAUGGUGGUCAGUGCAUUUGGGUGGGUUGAGGCUAUCUCUGGCCUUCAGUGGUUAUAGAGUUCAUGUAAAUCCUCUCCUUUGAAUCUCAUGACUGUGGGUGGGGCGUACUGUCCCCAUUUCAUAGAUGAGGAAGGUCAUGUACCCAAACCCACACGGGUAGCAAGUGGCAGGAUGGCCCAGAGCCCACAACUUCAGAUUGUGAGCCCAGCUUUCCUGCCACCCAGCCCC